AUGGCAGCAGCAUCCUUAGAGGAUGUCUACCUUUUGCGCCCGCUGAACGAUGCUCCACCGACAGCCGAAGACAAGAGGCAUAGCAAAGAGCUAGAAGAGUUUCUGAGAGCGAGUGGCCUUUAUGAGUCCUUGGAUGAGGCCAUACUUCGGGAGGAGGUUCUGGGCCUCUUCUACCAGCUGGUCCAAAUAUGGGUAAAGGGAGUAUGCCGCAGAAGGAACUUGAACGUGGAGGAUGCGCGUGCACACGUCUAUACGUUUGGUUCCUACCGUUUGGGGGUCCAUGGGCCAGGCUCUGAUAUGGACACACUCGUUGUGGGCCCUCGUUAUGUGCUGCGCGAAAUGGAUUUUUUCGGGAACGAGAAGCAUUGCUUGCAGUACUUGCUAUCACAAACACCGGACAUCACAGACAUCCAACCUGUGCCGGACGCAUUUGUGCCUAUGAUUGGCAUCAAGUACAAGGGCGUCCAGAUCGACGUUCUGUACGCAUCGCUUGCUAUGGUCACGCUACCAGAGCAGCUUGACCUCUCCAAUCACGCCGUACUGCGCGGCUGUGACGAGGCCACGGUGCGCUCGCUUAACGGCUGCCGCGUAACGGACACAAUCCUGAGACUGGUGCCCAAUCAGGACGUCUUCCGGUUAGCACUGCGCGCUGUUAAACACUGGGCGUCGCUGCGGGGCAUCUCUUCCAACGUCACCGGAUAUCUUGGCGGCGUAAACCUGGCCAUCAUGGUCGCUAAAAUAUGUCAGCUAUACCCACGGGCAGAAGCCAGCACGGUGCUGCUCAAGUUCUUCAUCUUACUAAAGGCCUGGCCCUGGCCGCGUGCCAUCCACCUGCGGGUGCCGGAGGACCACAGCAUGGGCCUGCCCGUGUGGGACCCGCGCCCUGGCACACGCGACAGCUUGGCGCUGAUGCCGGUGAUCACGCCUGCCUAUCCUGCGAUGAACUCCUUGUAUAAUGUGCAGCGCAGCACGCUGGAAGUAAUGACGGCGGAGUUCGCGGCUGCGGCGGAGGUGUGCACGUCGUUCCUGCGCUGCCGCGGCGGGCAGCCGCUUGACUGGGAUCGCCUAUUCAUGCCGGUGCCGUUUUUCACUCAGCACACGUUCUAUAUCCAGAUUGAGGUUUCAGCGGAUAGCGAGCAGGAUCUGGUGUUGUGGGACGGCUGGGUCAGCAGUCGAAUCAGGCGGCUUGUGCGCAAUCUGGAGGACCACGUUAGAGUCAGGUGGGUGUCAUAA